AGGAGACAGUUUUAAAAGGAUUGAUGCUGAUAUUCCAGCUGCAGUCAGUAUCUAUCACAAAAAAUUUGGAACAGGUCUACUUUAAUAUUGUGGCUGGAGCUGUCUCAAAAUGGCAGAUCGGUGGUAUUGGAAUGAGGCUGCUUUAAGGCGGCAAAUUAUAUCAUCAAGUCCAGAAUUAAGAGCCCUGGAAUCCCAAAUUUCUGCUUGUGCUCAGUUACAGUAUAAUAAUGCAGCUGUUGCAGAAAAGGAAGCAAAGGAGAAGGAAAAUAAGGUGAAGGACAGGGAAUACGCAAAUCUGUUAGAAGUCUAUGGGAAAGAAGAAAGGUUGGCUGAUGCUAUAUCAAAUACCGAGAAGUAUGCUAAGAAGUUGGAGAUCCAAAGGAUGCUUCAAGAACAAAUUGCUGAAAAGGAAGCUGUAAAAGCUCAAUUACAGGCAGAGAGGACUGUUGAGAUGCUGUCAGAGGUAGAUGAGGACAGAGAAAUGAGAACUGCAAAAGAGAAGAAGCAAAAGGAAUACCUUGACAAUCAGAGAGCAACCAGGAAUUUUCUUCUGCAACAGACGAAAGCAAAAGAACUGAAAAAACAGGAAGAAGAACUUUGUGACAAAAAGUUGAUGAGGCAGGUAGAAGAAUACAACCUGAGAACAGACUUGCAGAAGGACAUUGAGGAUCAAGAGCAACAAUUGGAAAGAUUACAUUUAAAUAAGAGGGAACUGUCUUUAGUAAAACAACUAGAAACAUUCCAAGAAAGACAAGAAGCUAUCAAGAACAUGAGACUAGAAAUAGAAGUGCUGGAGAAACAGGAUCAAGAAAAACAAUUAGUUGAAGAAAGAGAUAUGAGAGAAGCCCGUGCCAAAUUACAGCUGAAGGAAGGAUGGGAUAAACAAUUAAGAUACAAACAUGAGGAGAUUAGGCAAGAACAGCAUAAGGAGGCAGAAUAUAGGAAACUGCUUCUUGAAGUUUUAGCUGAAGAGGCAAAAUUAGACCAGCUUGUAGCAGAGGCUCGAAGGCGGCGUCAGCUAGAUCACCGAAUCUUGGUGGACCGUCUUUUAGAGGAGAGGCGAGCCAUGAGAGCUGCUAUUAUGAGACAGAAAAGGGAAGAGGAUCAACAUGCAAUCCAAUAUGAACAGCUCAAGAAGGAAAUUCUACAGGAGGAAGAAAAACAGCUCUUACUAAAGCAUGCUCCUCAGCUGAUGUCAUAUUACACACCUAAGCUAUUGUCAAAACUCCAGCAUUUACACAGUUAAUUUAAAGGAUAAAAGAAGAAUUUUUUUUAACCUCUACAAGGAACUCAGUACAGCAGGUGGCACAGGAAUGAGUUGGUUACAAGCACAGCAGCUAGAAGCAGAGCCUCUUAUGGUAUGACAAGAAUUCCCUUUUGAAAAUACAACUAGCCCAAAAAGUUUUACAAAAGCUAAUUACAUUUAAGAACAAAAUUAAAGGUCUGAGGGGGAAAUUCUGAAUUGGUGAUAUUCUACAUUCUUUCUAACAUUCAAGGUCUUAACGAAAUCAAGCUCACCACCAAGUUGUAAAUGUCAUAAUUCUUUUUUAUAAUAUGACCUAGUUGUAAAUUUAUUGAUAUAUCACUACUACCGAUAUUACAAUUACUCACCUAGCUUAUGGUUACUUGACUGCAUCUCCUCCCACCUCUGAACACAUUUG